AUGAACGAUAAGAACCCAGAAGUGGAACGUCUUCAGGGCACGAAACCCUCGGAAGAUGCUCAAAAAGCAGAAGAUACUGCAACUGCAAUCCUUCGCAAGAAGAGAAAACCCAAUUCCUUAGUUGUGGAUGAUGCCACCAACGAUGACAAUUCAGUUAUUACACUCUCUCCCAAUACUAUGGAGACUUUGCAGCUUUUCAGAGGUGAUACUGUUGUUGUCAAAGGAAAGAGACGGAAAGACACUGUUUUGAUUGUUCUCACCGACGACGAAAUGGAGGACGGUGCUGCUCGCCUUAACCGUGUUGUUCGUAACAAUUUGCGUAUUCGUCUAGGUGAUGUUGUAACAGUCAACCCUUGUCCUGAUAUCAAGUACGCUGAACGCAUUUCCGUAUUGCCUUUGGCCGACACUGUCGAAGGUCUUACCGGAUCACUUUUCGAUGUGUACUUGAAGCCCUACUUUGUUGAAGCCUACCGUCCUAUUCGAAAGGGCGACUUGUUUGUCGUUCGUGGCAGCAUGCGUCAAAUUGAAUUCAAGGUUGUUGAUGUAGCUCCAGAUGAGUUUGGUAUCGUCAGUCAAGAUACUGUUAUUCACUGGGAAGGUGAGCCCAUCAAUCGGGAAGAUGAAGAGAGCAGUUUGGCAGAGGUUGGUUAUGAUGAAAUUGGUGGAUGCCGCCGUCAAAUGGCUCAGAUUCGUGAGCUUGUUGAGCUCCCCCUUCGUCACCCUCAGUUAUUCAAAAGUAUUGGUAUUAAGCCACCUCGUGGUAUUCUCAUGUACGGACCUCCAGGUACCGGUAAAACCUUAAUGGCUCGUGCUGUUGCUAAUGAGACCGGUGCUUUCUUUUUCUUAAUCAAUGGUCCUGAAAUCAUGUCUAAAAUGGCUGGUGAAUCUGAAUCUAAUUUACGUAAGGCUUUCGAAGAAGCCGAAAAGAAUUCUCCUGCUAUUAUUUUCAUUGAUGAAAUCGAUUCUAUUGCUCCCAAGCGUGAAAAAACCAACGGAGAAGUAGAACGUCGUGUUGUAUCUCAAUUGCUUACUCUUAUGGAUGGUAUGAAGGCACGUAGCAACAUUGUUGUUAUGGCUGCUACUAACCGUCCCAACUCAAUCGAUCCUGCUUUGCGUCGUUUCGGUCGUUUCGAUCGUGAAGUAGAUGUUGGUAUUCCUGAUCCCACUGGCCGUUUAGAAGUUCUCCGCAUCCAUACCAAGAACAUGAAGUUGGCAGAUGAUGUUGAUCUUGAACAGAUUGCGGCUGAGACACACGGUUACGUUGGUUCAGAUUUGGCAUCUCUGUGUUCUGAAGCCGCUAUGCAACAAAUCCGUGAAAAGAUGGACUUGAUUGACUUAGAUGAGGAUGAAAUUGAUGCCGAGGUGUUGAAUUCUCUUGGUGUCACUAUGGAGAACUUCAGAUUUGCCCUUGGCUCUGGAAAUCCCUCUGCGUUGCGUGAGACUGUUGUCGAAGUUCCAAAUGUUCGCUGGGAAGAUAUCGGUGGUUUGGAAGAAGUCAAGAGAGAAUUGCGGGAGACUGUCCAAAUGCCAGUUAUGUAUGCCGAGAAGUUCUUACGCUUUGGAGUUACCCCAAGCAAGGGUGUACUUUUCUUUGGACCUCCUGGUACCGGUAAAACCUUGUUGGCCAAGGCUAUUGCCAACGAAUGCUCUGCAAACUUCAUUUCAGUGAAGGGACCCGAGCUUCUUAGUAUGUGGUUUGGUGAAUCCGAAUCUAAUGUUCGUGAUAUUUUUGAUAAGGCCCGUGCUGCUGCUCCCUGUGUUGUUUUCCUUGAUGAGUUAGAUUCUAUUGCCAAGUCUCGUGGUGCUAGUGCUGGUGACUCUGGUGGUGGUGACCGAGUGGUAAACCAGUUGCUUACUGAAAUGGAUGGUGUUAAUAGCAAGAAGAACGUGUUUGUUAUUGGUGCCACAAACAGACCUGACCAGAUUGAUCCUGCUCUUAUGCGUCCUGGUCGUUUGGAUCAAUUAAUCUAUGUUCCUCUUCCAGACGAGGAAGCUCGUUUUGGUAUUUUGACGACUCAAUUCCGUCAUACUCCUAUGGCCGAGGAUGUGGACUUGAGGGCUGUUGCCAAGGCUACUCAUGGAUUUUCUGGUGCAGAUUUGGAGUUUGUCGUACAACGUACAGUGAAAAUGGCCAUCAAGGAAAGCAUUGAAGAAGACAUUAAGAAAGAGAAUGAGGCCAAGGAAGCUGGAGCAGAUGAUGUUGUCAUGGAAGAAGACGCUACUGCUUCUCAAGUUCAAAGACACCAUGUUGAAGAAGCUAUGAAGAUGGCACGUCGUUCCGUUAGUGAUGCUGAAGUUCGUCGAUAUGAAGCUUAUGCUCAUCAACUUCUCACGUCUCGUGGCUUGACGGGAUUCCAAUUUGAUUCUUCGAACAAUAAUGCUAAUGGACCCAGCUUUGGAAACGAUGGUGCUGAUGAUUUGUACGCAUAG